AUGGCAUCUUUGGAAGCUGGAGGGAAAAGUCUGCAAGCGGAGUUCCUGGAGAACAACGCGCAAUACGCUGCCGAAUUCAAUGACGGUCAGCUGCCCUUGCCGCCCGCUCGUCAUGCAUUGGUGUUGGCAUGCAUGGACGCACGGCUCCACGUCGAGAAGGUGCUGGGAAUCAAAAACGGCGCCUGCCACUGCGUGCGCAACGCGGGGGGACGGGCCUCCGAUGACGCGCUGCGCUCCAUCGUCAUUUCACAGCGCCUUCUAGGCACCAAGGAGGUCCAUAUCAUUCACCACACCGACUGCGGCAUGCUGACAUUCACCAAUGAGCAGUUGGCGGUGAAGAUCAAGGAGGAGCUGGGCGUGGAUGUGGGUGAUCGCGACUUCCUGCCGUUCCCUGACCUGCAUCAGUCCGUACUGGACGACAUUCGUACCGUACGGGAGUCGCCGCUGGUGGCGCCUGGUACACGGGUCCAGGGGUAUAUUUACGAGGUGGAGACGGGGAAGCUGAGGGUUGUGGAGUGA